AUUACCUGUGGCCGAGCAGUUGUGAUCGCUCCAUCCCGGGCAGCCAUCGCCAUGUCGGGAAAAGCUUACAAACUUUUAGUCUUGUUUUUAACCUGGCUGAUUUACAUCACUAUUGGUGUGUUUAUGUUCAAAGCUGUUGAAGGCGAUAGUGGGAGUACCGAAAAGUCAAAUGCAGGGCUUCGGCUUAAAAAACUGAAGGAAGAUGUUACAAAGAAUUACAAUAUGAGCGAGGAUGAAUUUGACGACCUUGUUUGGCAAAUCCAGCACGCAAACUCGUCAAGUGCUGGACCUGAAUGGAACUAUAAAAACACGCUGUCCUUCAUUCUUCAACUGCUAACAACAAUUGGUAAGACUGCGAAUCUAAUAUAUAUAAAGACUUUCUAGCUUGAAAAGGUCACCCACUCUCCUGUUAGAUAAUCCAGCUAUAAAAUUACAUGUUACUUCCCCACAAGUACUGAAUUCAAUUAUUUCUCAUUUUAGAGAAUACGAUUUUAUCAACCAAUUCUUGGCGCUAUAUUGUUUUACUCAGUUAAGGGUAUUUUAAUAUUUUAAUAUAGUCAGCUCAGCGAACAAUGUUUACAUGGUCAUCUUGUGCAUGGUACGUGUUGUUUGCAAAUCAUUUGAGUGCCAUAUAUACACAAUUACUCCAUUAUAAACGCCCAAGUUAUACGUAGGUCCGCGCGAUAUGGAUUUGAGUGCAAAAACUAAUAAAAUAGACCAAGAGCAGCCCCUGUUCUUGCUUAGCCCGUCAAGCGAAGUUCGCGCGAAAAGAAAAUGAGUACGCGUGCAAUAGGGACGCGAGACGGAAGCGGUUCUCGGUAAAACGUGUCCUCCCCACUCCCUGCUUUUAAGAGGCGAUAUGUGGUGGUGGUGGUGGGGGUUGAUAACGGCAAGAGAGGUAGACUUCUCGUUCUCCCUUUCCCACCGCCCCGUAUCAAGCACCCACCUCUUAUCGGGAGCUCUAGUACGCGUAGGCUUCUGUUAACUCUUUCCCAAAGUAACAAGGCAGUGCGAAGAGGUGAUAAAUAAUUGCCGAUCACUUCUGCUAGCAGUAAGCCUGGCGCUAAAGAGACGCUUGUGUUGCGCGUGCGUUUUGUUUGAUUGAUAUGAGGGGUGAUAGAUCUCUAAUCCUUAAUAAUCGCAAAAUCCCGCCCAGCUGAAAGCAUGCAAAUAACCCGUAAUUAUGCAUCAGUCAGUUCCACCUGCCAUUGACCCCCCCUCCGGGGCUGACCUCCGGGCAUUAGCAUUUUUUUGGAUGGCAAAUUCCCGGGGGUGGGGACUCUUGAGCUGUCAAAUCCCCCGGGAUGGGGACGAAAAAAGAGGGCAAAUGCCCCAUCCUCCGUCAACACUGCAACAGUUUUCAUUGAUCGCACAGUCGAAUAGUGCCAUUUUAAGCAUUUAAUGUUCGAUUUUUGGUUUCAAUUAACGUCUUCCUUUGUAAUAGCGCGAGGAUUCUAAUUAAGACUUCACGCCGCGACGACAUGCACCAGUUUAUGGUUUUAGUAUUGAUAUGAAAUUAUUGACAUUAUAAAAAUUAAUAGAGCGCUGUAAAGUUAUAUGUUAUGAGUAGUUUUAUGAAUAUGAAAGGAUGUUCUUCAAAUGAUAUCAACAAAAAUUGAUUCAAUAACCAAAAGAUUUUGAUCAACAUCCAUAGCUCCAAUUUCGCAAUGUUAUUCUGGCUUGAUAAGCAAUGAAGACUUGCAUGCAUAAAAUCGAGAACAUGCCUUUUACAUCCCUCUUCAAUUUAUUCCUGUCCUUGACAGAUGAGCCAAUCUGCUUUUUUUUUCAGUAAAACCUUCUGUGUAGUUAUAUUCUGAUAGGAAAUCGCGUGCGUGUCAAAAGCUCGAGAAUGGCCUCGGGGUUGGCAAAGGGAAUUGACUGAUGCAUUACAUACCCGGGGGGGGGGGGUACUCCCUUACAAGAGGCUAAUGGGGAUGUGCCGCUGGAUGGGGUCGCAUUUUAACGACUGGAGUGACUAUAAUGGGGUCGCAUUUUCAAUAGAUUUACUAGAAUGGGGUCGCAAAUUUUAGGGUUUUGGGGGUAAGGAGGGAUUCAAAAUGGGAAGAUUUUUGGUUAUAAAAUCAGAAAGUUGUUGUUUAUUAAAUUUAACUAUAAGCUCGCACUGAUCGCAUUACAUUCCGCCGCUUGAAACCACAUUGAUAAGGUCAGGAUGCAUAAAUAGAAAGUGACUAAGUUGGGAUCGCGAAAAUGACAUUUUCCAAAAAGUGACUAAGAUGGGGUCUAUAAUUGGCCAAAAAAAAGACUAUAAUGGGGUAGGGGCUCUAAGGGGCCAGCGGCACAUACCCAGCAAACAUUAACCCAAGUACCCCCGGGAUUACAUACUAGUCGCCGCAUUAACUGGGUCGUGAUCGUAUUUAAGGUAGCGUCACUUUUAUGAUACUAAACCUUAGUUUGUGAUUGCAAGUUUAAAUAAUGACCAUCAACCAUGUAAACGCUUGGUUGUGGCUGUUACAUAGUUGUAAAUAGUGUGCAAAUUCAGAAUUAUGACUACCCUGGCACCCUGGGAAUCCAAAAGACGCUUUACCCUAAGACGCCCGCUCACUUCACCCAGCGGCAGUGAGUACCGGCGAUAAAUUGCUGGGGGUACGAGGUUCUGGCAUCUCAUCCAGGCCAGAGGGGAGAAGAAACAUUUGUGGUCGUUUCAUGUUACAGAAAUAAAGCUCCAGCCUAAUCAAUCUCCGUCCCUAUGGAGCGAGAGAGAGUAGGAUAAGAGAGAGAACCUGGAAACGAGGUUGCAGCCUAAUGAGCGUCCAGUGACAGGGUGGUGGGGUGGUCGCAUUAUCAAGGCUAUAGUCUGUAGAAUAAGGGGUUACUGGACUCGAUCGCCUUCUGGCCGGGCCAUUAACUUAACCGUCCUGUGAUUAUUUUCCAGGUUAUGGAAACAUCACACCAGUGACAUCAGCUGGACGUAUUCUUUGCAUCUUUUACGCUCUCUUCGGCAUCCCGAUAAACAUUCUCUUUUUACAAGUGGUUGGAGAAUUAAUGCUUAAUGGUCAACAAAUCCUCAUCACAAGAUUCGAAAAAGGCUGCCUAAAGAAAGAAAGCACACCAAAGUUCUUAAACGAAAAAUGCGCUUUUUUAGGUUUCCUGUUGUUGCUGAUUUUCUUACUCGUAGGCGCAGGAAUCCAAACGAAAAUCGACGAAUGGACAUUUCUGGAAGGUGUUUAUGCCUACUUCAUCACGUUUACGACUGUUGGGUUCGGUGAUCUGAUUCCUGGUCAUUCAAGAUCCAAUUCAAGACACAAAACACAUAUGGCCUAUCGUGUCACUAUGGUCAUUCUAGGUUUAGCUGCCAUGUCCAACGUGAUUAACUCCAUCGUCAAGAGUCACGAAUACGAGAAACUGUAUACAAAACUGAGAGAGCGUUUUCGAAGAACGGGAAGCGUUGAGGAUAGUGAACAGAACAACGAUGGCGGAGAGGAAAUGACCGACAGGGUCAUCUAA